ACUGUCAAGGUGGUCAUCAUCCAACCGCAUGACGAUGGAGCACCACGCAGGGGCUGUUCUGAGCUCUACCGUAUCCCCAUGGUAGAGUAUAAGUUGGACAGUGAAGGGACACCAUGUGAGUACAAGACCCCAUUUAGACGAAACACCACCUGGCACAGGGUACCCACGCCAGCAGGUCAGCCCUCCCACCCCAACACCAACACCCCUGCCCGGGGUUCCCCCACCCAGGGACACCCCGACCGGGCAGACAGAGACAGGAUUGGACAGCAGGUCCUCCAGCAGGGACAGACUGCUAUCCCACGAUCCACCUCCUUCGACAGAAAGCUGCCAGACGGAUCCAGGGCUGACUGUGAGAACCCACAGGUGACCAUGUGCAAUAAGGGAGAGCAACACUACCGCAGUUCCCCUAGCAACCAGUCGUCGUCUAGUGACCCGGGACCCUGUGGAAGUGGAACCUGGUCUCAACACGACGGGUGUCCAUCCUCAGUCCUCCAUGAGUGCUCCAGAGAGCUACAGGGGGGAGACAGAGAGGGUUACAGAGACACCCUCAGAGAGCCCACCCUGGAGAGAACACUGUCGACAGAGGCCAAGUGGCACAUCCCCUCCACCAAGAUCCUCAACUCUCGGAAACAGAGAGAGGGGGGCAAGGAGUCGCCCAACAAGCUGAACCGGGGGGGAGAAAAGAUGUCCCGUCAAUCCAGCAGUAACACCCUCUCCUCCAACGCCUCCUCCAAUAACAGUGAUGAUAAACACUUUGGCUCUGGCGAUCUGAUGGAUCCUGAGAUCCUGGGGUUGACGUACAUUAAAGGAGCCUCAACAGACAGCGGGAUCGACACCAACCCCUGUAUGGGUCCUGGGGGGAGGUUACUGCUGCAGGGGGGUUGUGGGGGAGAGGUGGGACACCCCAAGGAUGGCGGCGAAGGAGAGGAUCAUGGGAAACUGUACCUGCCGCAGGGAUAUGCGUCAGCGAUCAUGACUGGUCACGUGACAGAGGGAAGCAUCGGGGACCUGAGUGAGAUCUCGUCACAUUCACACUCCUCCCACUCCAGUGGGUCCCACCACAGUGGCAGUCCCCUAGCGCGGGGAGCCCGGUACUGUGUAUCAGCUGACUCCUCCCGGGUCUACACCUUCCCUCAGACCAGCUCAGGGGCAGGGCCAGAAGGUAGUGGACAGACACGUCCACUUCCUGGUUCCGAACACCUGAAGAAGACUGAAGACUCGUCCACUAAUGAAGAGCCUAAACAUUCAGAGUGUGGGCAGCUGUACCUCCAAGAGGCAGCAGAGAGGGAGAGAGAGGCCAAGGCCCUGGAUAAGCUGUCUAAAGAAGAAUACCUGAAGAUGAUGCUGGAGGAGAGUGGUCCUGGGGAGGACGGACGGAGGAAGAUGUCUGCAGCGGGCAGCCUAUCACCACGCCCCUCCCUGUACCGUACCCUAUCAGACGAGAGUGUGUGUAGCAGUAACAGGAAGGGCUCGUCCUACGCCUCCUCCCAUAGCUCCAUGCUGGACCAGGCGCUGCCCAAUGACAUCCUGUUCUCCACCACUCCACCCUACCAUGCCACCCUGCCACCACGUAUGCCAGGACAGGGGGGCUCCAACCUCAGGAGUGAGUUCUGGUUCUCUGACGGCUCGCUGACUGACAGGUCAAAGUUCAACGACCCUGGUCUCAUGCCCCUCCCUGACCCCGCCUCCGGACUCGACUGGUCACAUCUGGUGGACGCCGCACGCGCCUUCGAAGACCAGCGGGAGGGAUCUUUCUGCUCCAUGACAGACAUGCAGAGGGCAGAGGCACUCCAGAUCUCACAGGAACUGACAAGACGUGUGGCUGCAGCCGAGGGGGCUGCCCUGGAGGCAGGGGACAGCUCUCCCUCCACUCUGACUGGUAAAGUCAACCAACUGGAGGUGAUCCUGAGACAACUGCAGUAUGACCUCAGAAAGGAGAAGGAGGACAAGGUGUUGCUGCAGGUGGAGGUUCAGCACCUGAGACAAGACAACAUGAGACUGCAGGAGGAGAGUCAGACAUCAGCCGCUCAGCUCAGGAAGUUUACUGAAUGGUUCUUCCACACUAUCGACAAGAAACCCUGAAACUCUACUGGAUUACUAAUGCUCCUGGGGAACAAUGAAACGUUACUGGAUUACUAAUGCUCCUGGGGAACAAUGAAACGUUACUGGAUUACUAAUGCUCCUGGGGAACAAUGAAACGUUACUACCCCGGAGGGCAACAGAACUCUGAGGACUACUGCGAUACUACUGCACUGAGAGAUACUUACUGCCCAUGGGGCAAUGGAACCCUCUACUGCCCCUGGGGCAAUGGAACCCUCUACUGCCCCUGGGGCAAUGGAACCCUCUACUGCCCCUGGGGCAAUGGAACCCUCUACUGCCCCUGGGGCAAUGGAACCCUCUACUGCCCCUGGGGCAAUGGAACCCUCUACUGCCCCUGGGGCAAUGGAACCCUCUACUGCCCCUGGGGCAAUGGAACCCUCUACUGCCCAUGGGGCAAUGGAACCCUCUACUGCCCCUGGGGGGCAACUAGACUUCUCAAAUGCCACAUGGACAGACGGUUUUUACAAACUCAUGCUAAAGGGCCCAGGGACAAAACAUAACUCUUCAAGGAAACCCUGUGCUGUGUGGGAGAGCCUGUCCUGUGGAACCUCUCUGUCCCCUGGGGAACCCCUCUGUUUCUUUCCCCUGGGGAACCUC